AAGUGUAAAUAAUAUUUUAUCGGGAUAUCGACGUUAUAUUUUUCUGUCGCGCUUCUCCGCUUUAAUAAAUCCAUCCUCGUGCGACCGAGCUAAAGGGUCGCAAGAAAGAAAAUCGAAAUUGUCGACAAAUCGCUGGCACCUCGCAGCAACAAAAAAAUCUCAUCCCUUCGUUCAACCACCAGCUGCAUCGCCGGGCAAGAAGCACAGGGACAACGAUCACUCCAUUUUCCCGGCAAUUGCGAGCGCGACGAAAGGCCGCUGCUUCUUGCUGCAACCCCGACAGGCUGAUAAUCGUGGCGAAGUGAUUAGUGACAAGGAGAAUGCGGCUGAAACGUGCCGGAAAUUGGAGUCGGCGAAGAAUGAAUCGAUCGUUUCAACGUCGAAAUUCAUGUCGUGCAGCGAAAUUUCGUGUUCAGCGAGGAAGAUCAGAUCCGAGGAGAAUAUUCCGAGAGAAGAUUUCGCUGGUGCUGCUGCUGCUGCUGCUGUCGGCGUUACUGCUGUUCCUCCUCAUGUUCGAGAUAAUCGGGAUUCGACGUGCCGCAGUGGGAAAUCGCACGAGGAAUCGAGAAUUCGCGAGAACCCAGCGAAUUCGCGAAAUCAGCGAGACGAAUCCGACCACGAGACCACGAACGAUGCCGCGGAACCACGCACCUCGCUCGGAAAUGCGGGAUUGUGGGGUCGGGAUAUGGCCGAUUCGGUUCAAUGGGAGCUGCGGAACUACGAACUGAGUCACCGGCUGAUGCUGCACCGGCUAGAAACCGAGGAGAAACGGCUGAAAGUGAAAAUCGCUGAGAUGGCCAUUCAGGAGAUUCGAUUCAGGAUCCGGGCACUGAACGAGGACAUUCGACGCGCGGACGAGCUGCACGAGUUGCAUCUGGCACUUGCGACGGCUCAAGCGGUAAGCCGGGUCGGAUCCGCGAACACGAUAUUGCAAAAGCGCAUUCACCGGGAUACUGUCAUUCGCAGUCAGUGGCUCCAUUAAUUUUUUUUCCGCGCUACGUGCGCUAGGUGCACUCACACGCUAUCCGAUUUUUCGCGAGAUAUCCGAUAAUCCGACGUCUCGCCCGAGCGCGAAAUUUUCCUACCUGUCGAACAUGAAUAAUCGUCAGAGAAAAUAGUUCUUGCAGAAGCGUGCUUCUCCGCGGAUACUCCCUUAAUUCACUUUAUAACGUUGCGCAAAUAUAGCAUCAACUCGCGCGCCAAGUAUCUCGCAAUUGUUUAAAAUCAAAUUAUGCUCUCCUCGUAAAAAGAAUUUGUUUAAUCUAUGACAUAUCACGCAUUAGAAAAUCUUAAGUGCUUAAGAUACUUAUCUUGCGCUCGCGAAUUGAAGGCUAUAUAUUUGAAGAGUGAAGAUCGUAGCGUAGGAUGAGCGUAGGGUUACUUAUAUAUAUAUGCCAUAAAUCUAAAAAGAUAAUGUACAAAGAAGCUUUAUUCUUACCAGCAGAAUGCCCAAGGACUGCGCGUUUGAGGACCACGUAGUUCUAAAAGGACUGGUAGACUUGAAGGAUACCAAAGGAUACGGCUGUGUGUGCUUGAAGUUAUUUUUAUUAAUCACCAUCAUAUCGCAUGUCACGAUGUCGUCAUUUAGAAAAAACGCAUGGGACCAUACAAAAUAACAAUGCGCUUAGAUUUUUGUGGUAACCGAGCAACGUCUCGAGGUCGCGUUAUUUUGUUGCGUUCGCUCUCUGCUUCUUUUUCUUUUCUUCUCUUUUUUUUUUCUUUUCAUUUUGUCACUGUGACUGUCGCAGAAUCAGAGCAAGCGCAACCAUUACAACGGAUCGUCGAUCGUACAACAAACUACGGAACAAUAAUUUUAUAUCACCUAACAAGACGCCUUCUCAUUCCAUCAACACGUAUCUUCCUUCCCGCUCCUAUCGCUUCACCGAGCUUUUUCCACCCCUCGUUAGACUUUUCGUCGUCUCCUCCUCUUUUCUUCGCUCCGUAC